AUGCAUUUCCUCAUCCUUCUCACUAUCACAAUCUUUAGCGCCUUCGUCCUCGCAGCCGACUGUGGCGAAGCGCAAGUCACCGGGGAUGCUAUUACUGGCUUCAGAUUCUCGCCCGGUUGCAACACAUGGCAGUGGUGGUCCCGCGACAAGCAAACUACUAUCACCCUCAACCCAGACUGCCAGCUCCGUCAGGCAUGGCCUAACCCACAAGCGGUCAAAAGUGUUUGCAUCCGCCGUAAACCUGGCGGUGACAAAUGUUUCAACGCUCCGGAUGCUGCUGCGUCUGGCGGAUUUUGCGGCAUUCCUCCGGAAUGGUGUAGUGACAUAGAGAACAUGUGGGGUUGGUAA